AUGAAAUGUCUACAAAAAAAAUAUGCUAAACUCGAAGAAAAAUGCAAAGCAGCAGUUCGAAAUUAUACUCAAAUAACAAUGUCUGAUCCUACUUUUGAUUUUCUUCUUAUGAAAGCAUGUGAACCAAUGAUUCAAUUAUUCUGUGCGAAUAUUGAAGGUGGACGUGAAGAUGGUUUAAUACGUUGUUUAGUUCAACAUAAACAUGAACUAAAAGUGGAUUAUCAAUGUAAAGCUGGUAUUGAUCAUUAUCAAGUAACAAGCAUGAAAGAUGAAGCAUUUUUAAGUCAACAAUUUCAAAAAAAAUGUCGUCAAGAAGUCGAAGAACAUUGUAAAGGAAAAAAAACGAAAGCGGCUGUUAUCCAAUGUCUUGCUGAUUUAAUGUUAAAAGAUGCUUUGAAAGGACAAAAUUAUGUGGCGGAAGUUUGUCGUAAUGAACUUAAAUUUGAGCUUCUCCAACGAAGUGAAAGUAUUGAAUUUGAUCCAUUAUUAGCUAAAGCAUGUCAAGGAGAUAUUAGAAGAUUUUGUUGGGGUCGUACACCUGGAAAUGCUGAAAUUCUUGAUUGUUUAAAAGAUAAUCAUAUCAAAGCUUCACUAAUAUGUUAUGCUAAAUUAGAAAAACGUCAAAAACUUGAUGUUAUUUUACCAGAAAAUGAUUUUAGUCUUAUGUCAAAAUGUGCUCCAGUUAUUCAAAAAUCUUGUUCAAAUGAAAAGAAACAAAAUAUGUUAUCGUGUUUGCGACGUAAUGCUAAUCAAGAUCAAAUGCCGAAAAUAUGUCGACGAGUUUUAUAUCAUCGUUUAAUAAUUUUCAAUACUGAUGCUCGUCUCAAUAGAGGUUUAAUUAAAAAUUGUCAACAAGAUAUCAGUAAAUGGUGUAGCUCAGAAGUUGCUGAUGAUGAUGACGAUGAUAAAGACUCCGAUGAUGAUAAUGAUGCCAACAAUAAAGGUCACAAUGAUUACAAUCAUAGUGAAGUAACUGAUCGUGACAUGGGUGGUCGAAUUAUUGGAUGUUUACGCGCAAAAUAUGCAAAUACAGCAGCGACAUUAGACCUUCAAUGUGUGACAGAAUUGAUUGAUGUUAUUCAAACAUCAAAACUUGAUGUUAAAAUGGACAUUAAACUUUAUCAAAGUUGUCGAAAACAACUUGAUAAUAGAUGUACUGGCAUGGAUAAAGAGGAUUGUUUGAAAUUAAUUUAUCAAAAAGGUCAACUUAACGAUGAUGCUUGUAGAGAACAAGUUAAACGUAUUAUAAGAGAAGGACAAAUGUAUAUAUAUGCGGAUCAGGCAUUAGUAGCUGUGUGUCAAACUGAUGUAUUGAAAUAUUGUAAUGAUAUUCCUAUAGGAAGUGGUAAACAAUUACAAUGUUUAUUAAAUAUGCGUGACUUCAUUUCGAAUCAAUGUCAAAAUAUGUUAAAACAACGACAAGAAUUAUGGGAAGAAAUGUCUGCCAACUCUGGCAUUCCAUCUAUCAUAUAUAAACCAUCAAAGCAUACGUCGUGGUCAAAUAAUAAUGUAAAUCUCUACUUCAUUAUAUUCACAAUCUCAUCUGUGAUGUUUGUCCUUGGUUAUCUUUACCGUGCGCAAUUAAUUAUUAUUUCUUUGUUUAUUAUUAUUUUCAUUCAAAAAUUACAAUCCAUUGAAAAAGAUGCGGAUGAAGACAAAUUUGAUGAGCCAAAACAAUCACCACGGAUUGGAAAAAAACAAAAAUUAUUAGAACUUUCUGACACUGCAGCAAAAGUACCCGUUAAAGAUACGUCUUUGUCAUCAAAUAAAUCAUCCGUAUCGACCACACUUGCUGAUAGUGAUGAAUGUGAAGCGGAUAUUAAAAGAUACUGUAAUAAAGGCCGACCAAAACCUAUUAGUAAUAUAAAUGUAUUGGAUUGUAUUAGUGAUCUUGAUAAUGCCGUCAAUUUGAUAAGUAAAGAAUGUCAAACUGUUAUUUAUAAAUUUAAAUAUAAUAUGACACAUGAUGUACGUUUCGAUAAUGCUGCCAAUUCAUUCUGUGCAAAGGAUAUUAAAUUAUUGGAAGAAUGUCAUAAAGAAAAAGAAGAUAAAGGAACUGGUCAUCUUGUAUCAUGUUUAUAUGAUCGUUUGCCUAACAUAACUGAAACACAAUGUCGAAAUUUUAUCAAUCGAGUACAAUCCGUUGUUUUUACUGAUUGGCGUUUAUCAGAAGCUUUUGCUACGGCAUGUUUAACUGAUAUUACGAAUCUCAAAUGUGGAAGAGUAGACGAUGUGAAUGACACUUUGCCACAUGAUCAAGGUGCUGUUAUUUCAUGUUUAUCGAAAAGUUUUAAGACAUUAUCUCCAACAUGUAACAAACAUGUGACUCGUUUAACUGAAAUGCAAUCGGAUGAUUUUCAUCUUGAUCGUGCAUUGUUCAUUGCAUGUCGUGAUGAUCGGCAACGCUUAUGUCCACGAGUAGCAAGUGGAAAUGGUCGAGUUUAUCGUUGUUUAUAUGAACAAAAAUUUAAUACUUUAAUGUCAAAAGCUUGCCGUCAAGAAGUUCAUCGUCGACAAGGUGUCGUAGUUUCUAAUGUUCGUUCGGAUGCACCAUUACUUCGAGUAUGUCGUACUGAAAUGACUGAACAUAAAUGUGUUGUUAAUUCAGAAGAUCCUAAUCAACAAUUAACACUUAUCAAUUUACUUUUAUGCCUCGAGGAUAGAAUUAAAAAAGGUAAUCAGAUUAACGAUGAAUGUCGACGUGAAAUGCUGGUUCAUCGUCGUAUGUUAAUGUCUGAUUAUGCACUUUCACCGGAAAUAAUUGCUAAAUGUGAACCUGAAAUGAAUCAACAUUGUGCUCCAUUAUAUCGAAAGAAUGCUACUGGUACAAUUGAUCAACGUGGUGGUCGAAUGAUUCAUUGUUUAUCGAAAGCUGCUCGAAAAGAAAAAAGUUUUAGUCCUGCAUGUUUAGGUGCUAUUAAAUCGUUAAUACGUGCAGUUGAUCCAGGUAGUGAUAUUCGAGCUGAUCCAUUACUUGAAACAACAUGUCGACCAGUUAUUGAUGCUGUAUGUCAAAAAAUAAAACCUGGUGAUUCAAAUAUCGUUAUGUGUUUGUUGAAUAAUUUAAAACAUAUACGUAUGACAGAAGACUGUGAAGAUCGUUUAAUGGGAAUUACAUAUUUUAUAGCAAGAGAUUGGAGAUUAACACCAAAAUUAAUACGUACAUGUCAAGCAAAUCUUGUCAGUUUAUGUCAACUUCCACCAAAUUGGUCAAUGACCAAUACGACAAGUGACACAACAAUAGGAACUUAUUUAGGUUGCUUAUAUCAACAAAAAUCAAAACUUGACAAAGAAUGUGGUACUGAAUUAAAACGACUUAUGAGUAUGCGAUCAAAAUCAAUUGGUUUAAUGCCUGAAAUUGAAGAUAAUUGUAUAGAAGAUUUAGCCACAUGUGCAAAUCCUGACGUCAAAGGAGAAGAAAUGAAAUGUUUACAAAAAAAAUAUGAUAAACUUGAACCUGAAUGCAAAACAGCUGUUCAAACUUAUACAAAAAUGGUAAUAUCCGAUCCAUCACUUGAUUCUCUUCUUAUGAAAGCAUGUGAACCAAUGGUUGAUUUAUUCUGUUCAAGUAUUGACGGUGGAAAAGAAAAUGAUUUAUUACGUUGUUUAAUUAAACAUAAAAAUGAUAAUAAAAUGACUAUGAAUUGUAAAGCUGGAAUUGAACAUCAUCAGAUCUUAAGUCUUAAAGAUAAAGCAUUUUUAAGUGACCAAUUUACGAGAAAAUGUUCAAAAGAAAUAACCGAGCAUUGCUCAGAAAAAAAGACAAAAGCAUCAAUUAUUCAAUGUGUUGCUGAUUUAAUACUACGAGAUGUAAUACAAAAACGAAAGACAAUUAAUGAUGAGUGUCGUGAAGAACUUAAAUUUGAAUUUCUUCAACGAGGUGAAAAUAUUCAACUUGAUCCUUUACUAGCUACAGCAUGUAAAGCAGAUAUUGUAAAAUUUUGCGCAUCUAAAACUGCUGGAAAUGCUCAGGUUCUUGAUUGUCUCAAAGCUAAUCAUGAUAAAGUAUCUCGAACAUGUUAUGCUCGAUUAAAAAAACGCGAAAAACUUGAUGUUGUUUUACCAACCAAUGAUUUUAGUUUAACAACUAAAUGUUCAGCAGUUAUUCAAAAAUUUUGUUCAAAUGAAAAAAAACAAAAUAUGUUAUUAUGUUUACGACGUAAUGCUAAUCACGAAAGUGUAUCACCUAUCUGUCGAAAUGUUUUAUAUCAUCGUCUAAUGGUUUUGAAUAGCGAUGCUCGAUUUCAUAAAGAUUUAAUCACUAAUUGUCAUCGAGAUGUUACUAAAUUUUGUUCAAAUGUAAUAAUUACUGAUGAUGAUCUUGCUGAUGAAUCAAAUGAUGAUAAUGACAAAAAUAAAGAAGAAUCAGAUGAAGUUCAAGAUCGUGAUAUGGGUGGUCGUGUCAUUGAAUGUUUACGUUCAAAAUAUGCUGAUACAAAAAAUCAAUUAGAACCACAAUGUGUAACAGAAAUAAUUGAUGUUGUUCAAGCAUCAAAACUUGAUAUUCAACUUGAUGUUCAACUUUAUCAAAAAUGUAAAAAAACUCUUGCAAGUUUUUGUGUCGGUUCGGAUCAAGAAGAUUGUUUGAAAUUAUUAUUUCAACAAAAGAAACUUACUGAUGUAGAAUGUAAAAAACAAGUUCUACGAAUUAUAAAAGAAGGAAGAGCUGAUGUACAUGUCGAUCCUGGUCUAUUAGUUACUUGUCAAGCUGAUAUUCUCAAAUAUUGUAAUGAUGUUCCAAUAGGAAGUGGUAAACAAUUACAAUGUUUAUUAAGUACUAAAAAACCUGUAUCGAAAUCUUGUAAAGAUAUGUUAUCUAAACGACAAGAAUUAUGGAGUAGUAUUUCUGAUGUUGAUAAUAUAGGUGAUUUAACAAAACAUAUUAUCAAUUCGAAAAAUAAUGUUUAUCUUUAUGGUAUUAUUUUUAUAAUCAUAUCCGUCAUAUUUCUAACUGGAUGUGUUAGUCGUCCAUGUAUUCGUUAUCGUCGUGUUAGCAAAUAUAACACAUAA